AUGUGUGGCAUAUCCUGCAUCCUUGCCCUGCAGCAUUCCCAUCACAAGCUUCCUGAACUUGCACAAGUCAAGAAGGCUAUACCCGGCGUUCAAACAAACGGCGACGCAGAUCACACAAAGCUCGCCGCCGAACUUGAUGCUUCUCUUGACCAGAUCAAACACCGCGGACCCGACUCUCGCGGCCAGUGGAUCAGCAAUGACAAGCGCGUUGCCUUUGGUCAUGUCCGUCUAGCCAUCAAUGACCUGUCUCCCGAUGGUAUUCAGCCGUUCCAUGACAAUGACCGCACCGUACAUGCAGUCGUCAAUGGCGAGUUCUACGACUACGAUAAUAUCCGCAAAGACCUCGAGACCAAGACCGACUAUAAGUUCCGCGGUCGCUCGGAUUCUGAGCUCGCCAUUGCCCUCUACAAGUAUUACGGCCUGAACUUCCUCCAUCACCUGAGAGGAGAAUUUGCUUGUGUCAUAUUUGACGAGUCACAGCAGCUCCUCAUUGCUGCUAGAGAUCGCUACGGUAUCAAGCCGCUGUUCUGGACCAUCCAGGAGGGACGACUUCUGAUCGCUGCCGAGAUCAAGGCUUUCCUGCCUCUGGGUUGGAAGCCUGAGUGGGACGUCAAGAGUCUGCUCGAUGCUGGCUGGAAUCACGACGAGAGGACUCUCUUCAAGGGCAUUGCCAAGGUCCGCCCUGGACAUUACCUUACAUGCCAGUCCUUCGAUCACAUUGAACAACGCCCGUAUUGGGACAUCAGCUAUCCAGACAAGCAUGCCGUCGAUGCUCGCACCCCCGAAGACAUGAUCCAGGGCGUCCGCGAACGCAUGCUCGACGCAAUCAAGAUCCGACUUCGCGCCGAUGUGCCCGUCGGCAUCUACCUCAGUGGUGGCAUCGAUUCUUCAGUCAUCGCUGGCAUGGUCACACAUCUGGUCAAAGAGCAGGGAAUAUCAAUGGGCAGCGCCAAUGCUACAGACCGCGUCUCGUGCUUCAGUAUCGCAUUCGACGAAGAGUCUGGCUUUGAUGAAUCUGCCAUCGCCAAUCGUACAGCCGAAUGGCUCGGUGUCCGCUACAUCAAGAAGCACAUGAACGAGGAAGAGCUGGCAAAGCGUUUCGAGGAUGCUACCUGGCAUUGCGAACAUCACAAUCCCGACUUCAACUUUGUUGGCAAGUAUGCGCUUUCAGAGGUGCCACAAGAAUUAGGCUUCAAGGUCGUCUUGACUGGUGAGGGCGCUGAUGAAAACUUUGCUGGCUACCCUCUGUAUUUGCCGGAUUACCUCCGUGAGCAUGACUUCAGUUGGGACAAACACAACACCUUGCCCGAGAGCGAACGCGAAAACCAGCUCGACCUCGCAGAAAAAGCAGCUGUGGACUACUACACUUCUGUUGGUGCAGAUGUUUCGAAUCGAGGUCCGUCUGUUGCUCGCCGCAUGCUCAACGACAUUACUACUGUCAGCAGUAUGGCGGCUUUCCAGCUUGACAUCUUUGCGCCUUGGGCAGCUUGCUACGGCAAAUGCGACCCUCAAGUCACAAUCGCCAACAAUGCAGAUGGUCGCGUUCGUAAUCUGAUCACAGACUCCUGGCAUCCUCUCCACUCAGCGCAAUAUGUCUGGUCAAAAGGACAUCUAGCCAACAUCUUCCUGACAUGUCUAGGAGAUCGCACAGAGAUGGCGCACAGCAUUGAAGCACGUACUCCUUUCCUUGAUCAUAAGCUGACAGAGUACGUCAAUCAUCUGCCGCCAUCAGCCAAGCUGCGCUGGGAGCCUGAAGCAAAGACCUUCACAGAGAAGUGGGUACUUCGAGAAGCCUCCAAACCCUUCAUCACCAAGGAAUUGUAUGAACGCAAGAAGCACCCCUACUCUGCACCGACAACCUGGCCCGAGGGGGGUCCACUGAACAAGCUCCUGGAUAAGCUUAUCAGUGAAGAGAACAUCAAGCAGCUGGGCUUUGUUGACUGGGAGAGAUGCAAGGGACUGACAGCCAAGGCGUUUGGUAAGAAUGGCGAUCCCAUGGCUAUGAGAUAUGCCAUCGUCGUGGCGGAGUGGGUCAUUCUGGGACAGCGAUUCGGUGUCGCGACGGCCAAAAAGCCAGAGGGAUGGUGAUGUGAGCGCUGUCUCAGAAGCUUGAUUGUGGGACUCAAGACGCCUAGCAGUAGUUAAUGCAUGCAGACGCUUAUCCUAUCUCUCGAUGCAGUACAUCAACAGUGACGUCUGCUGCUUAUACAUGGACGUGCAUGUCAUUUCCACAAGACCGGUCGCAGCGAACAAGUCCAUUCCUUCUAGAAAGCAUGAGGGACGGCUAGAGGUGAGAUGGGUGUUUCAGGUGGUGCAUGCGGAGUGUGACAUUGCGGAGUUCGGCGAGGCAAGGCUGAGAUUGAGACACCAUCAUCUCUGAGACGAGCAUGCUGGUAGACUUGACUGAAUCGUGUCGAAGAAGCAAUGGAAAGCAGAGAAGCCCGACUUCGCGUGCUCGACAAGUGGUAGAGUAUAUGAUGGAGCAGAGAAGGAUGCACGGCCGGGAAUACCGAUCAACGAUUAGGGCAGGGAUCGACAACGGCGAUGAUUCGUCUCGGCAGACGGGG